AUGGCCGUGGUGGGGGAGGUGACGCAGGGCCAGGUGACACAGCUCUUCUACUCCUUCUUCAUCCUGGUGGGGAAGGACGUGGUGGUCGAGCUCAAGAACGACCUCAGCAUCUGCAGGACCCUGCACUCAGUGGAUCAGUACCUGAACAUCAAACUGACCGACAUCAGCGUCACCGACCCCGAGAAGUACCCGCACAUGCUGUCGGUCAAGAACUGCUUCAUCCGGGGCUCCGUGGUUCGCUACGUGCAGCUGCCGGCGGACGAGGUGGACACGCAGCUGCUCCAGGACGCGGCUCGGAAGGAGGCGCUGCAGCAGAAACAGUGACGACCCCCAAACCCCCCCCAAAAUUUGGGGACCCCAAACCCCCUCCCCCCCGUGAUGCCAAUAAAGCCCCGCCCCAUGCGCUGC